AUGGAGACUCGAAGGAUAGGCGUCCUGGGCGGCGGUCAGCUCGGGCGGAUGCUGCUCGAGGCCGGUCACCGACUGAACCUCGACAUUGUCUUUUUGGAUCCAUCAGCUACUUCACCCGCCAAGCAGCUCUCCCAUCGUACCCAAGAUCACAUCACAGGCUCGUUCGGUGACCCUGCAUGCAUCGCCGCGCUUGCUGCAAAAGUUGACGUCCUCACGGUGGAGAUUGAGCACGUCGACACGGAUCAGCUCUCCAAAAUGUCAACGACCGAAGCUGCAAAGAUGGAUAUCUUCCCCAGUGCUGCAACGAUCAAGCUCAUACAAGACAAGUACGAGCAAAAGCGCCAUUUCCAAUCGCAUGGCAUACCCCUGGCGCGCUUUCUACCGGUCGAGCCAUCAUCUGCAACGAGUUCCAUAACGCAAGCAAUACAACAACUGGGCUUGCCGCUCAUGCUCAAAUCUCGUACGAUGGCCUACGAUGGCAAAGGCAACUAUCUGCUCAAGUCAGAUGCUCCGGCAGAGAUCGCAAAGGCCAUCGAAGCGCUCGGCAAAGGACAACGACCGCUCUACGCAGAAGGAUUCGCACCCUUUGUUUGCGAGAUUGCAGUGAUGGUCGUCAGAGGCAGAGACGGCAAGAUCGCAUCUUACCCUGCAGUAGAGACGAUCCAUCGAGACUCGAUCUGUCAUCUCGUCAUUUGCCCCCUCAGGAAAGGCAACAGGUCGACCAGAGAGAGAGCCCGUCAGAUUGCAGAGCAAGCAGUUGGCACUUUUGGUGAUGGCGCGGUAGGCAUCUUUGGCGUCGAGAUGUUUCUCAUGCCAAGUGGGGAGAUCUUGGUGAACGAGAUCGCACCAAGGCCGCAUAAUUCGGGUCACUAUACGAUCGAGGCUUGCUUGACAUCGCAAUAUGAGAAUCACCUACGGGCGAUACUAGGCUACCCGCUAGGUUCUACAGAGAUGAAAGUGGGAUCCGCCGUCAUGCUCAACCUGCUCGGAUCAUCCAACUCGAUGGAAGAGAUUUCCUCUGUCGUUCGAGCCAGUCUGCACGUCGACGGUGCGACGACGCAUCUCUAUGGCAAAGCAGACUGUCGACCGGGAAGGAAGAUGGGACACAUCACCGUUGUAGGCGAAUCGGAUGCACAGGUACAAGAUCGAUUGCUGCCCCUUCUUGCAGCUCUACCUGCAUCUUAUACCCAAUCACCAUCGACCGCUUAUCCACUCGUAAUCAGACCUGGUCUAUCCCAUCCUCUACCCAUGGUAGGCAUCAUCAUGGGAUCAGAUUCGGAUCUGCCCGUCAUGAGCAAAGCUGCCGAGAUACUCGAAAACUUCAAAGUGCCUUUUGAGCUGACCGUUCGAUCGGCACAUCGUACUGCCGACCUGAUGAACACCUAUGCCAUCGAAGCACAAUCGAGAGGUCUCAAAGUCAUCAUUGCAGGCGCGGGCGGCGCAGCACACUUACCCGGAAUGGUUGCCUCUCACACACCUUUGCCCGUCAUCGGUGUGCCAAUCAAAGCGAGCGUGCUAGACGGCGUCGAUUCGCUCUACUCGAUCGUCCAGAUGCCCAGAGGAAUCCCAGUAGCAACAGUAGGCAUCAACAAUGCCACUAAUGCAGCUCUUCUCGCCAUUCGCAUCUUGGGCGAUACUGUCUCGGAUUACAGGCAAGCCAUGAUAGACUACCAAGUCUCUCUAGAGCAAGAGGUGGAAGCAAAGAUCGAAUCGCUCGAUACGAUGGGCUGGAAAGCCUACAUGUCCAAGUAG